UUUUUCCUCACACACACACUCCCAGUCGGUUGCAAAAGUGGGGGAGAGAAAGAAGUUUGGAGGAAGUUGUCUUUGUCGCGAAGUCGGGAACGGGAUGUAUUUGUCGAUAACUUUAUAAACGACUAAGCCGCCUCCUUUUCCGAGCCACACGGUUUGCUUCUGUGGGAUGUGCUUUCUAUAAUGGUUUCAGAGAAGGAGCAGGGAAAACUUUGUUGCUCGCCGCGGUGAUGUUGCUGGGCGCCUUUUGAUGUGCGCUCUGUUGAAACGGGACGGAACUCCUCUGUUAGCUCCUCGCAGCUUUGUAACGAGUGGGAAGCCUCCAACACAAGAGUAAUGAAACUAGCAGCUAGAUGGUGAGGCACGCGGCGCUGCGGUAUGCUGGAGCGUGCCUGCGGCCCUCAGAAUGAGUGUCACAGAUGGCGAGGGGGCAGCUAGCCAAGACGGGAAGGCCUACGUGCUGCAGAUCUACCCCCGGCUCUCCCUGGCGACGGCACCAUGCUGCACCCUGAGGGUCCCCAAGGACGCCACGGCGGCUUCCGUGGUCAGGGACGCGGCGGCCGCCCUGGCCCUCGACGCCUCCCGCCGCUACGUCCUGGCGGAGGUGAAGGAGUGCGGCGGGGAGGAGUGGGUGCUGGAGGCCAGCGACCUCCCCGUGCAGCGGGUGCUGCUCUGGCCCCGGAAGGCACAGGACCGGCACCCGCAGAGCGAGGGCUACUACUUCCUGCUGCAGGAGCGCGACCGUGACGGCUCCAUCCUGUACGUCCACCUGCCGGCCGCCCGCCCGGAGGAGGAGGCCCAGCGGCUCCUGGCCCGGGGGUUCCUCCCGCCGCGGCAGGAGGAGUGCGCCGACCUCUGCAACCUCCCCCGCCUCACCGAGGCCGCCAUCCUGGACAACCUGCGCAACCGCUUCCGCAAGGAGAAGAUCUACACCUACGCCGGGAGCAUCCUGAUCGCCAUCAACCCCUUCAAGUUCCUGCCCAUCUACAACCCCAAGUACGUCAAGAUGUACGAGAACCACCAGCUGGGGAAGCUGGAGCCCCACAUCUUCGCCAUCGCCGACGUGGCCUACUACACCAUGCUGCGCAAGCGCGUCAACCAGUGCAUCGUCAUCUCCGGGGAGAGCGGCUCGGGCAAGACGCAGAGCACCAACUUCCUCAUCCACUGCCUGACCGCGCUCAGCCAGAAGGGCUACGCCAGCGGGGUGGAGAGGACCAUCCUGGGGGCCGGGCCCGUGCUGGAGGCAUUUGGGAAUGCGAAGACAGCCCAUAACAACAACUCCAGCCGCUUCGGAAAGUUCAUCCAAGUCAACUACUUGGAAAGUGGAGUCGUGAGAGGGGCUGUUGUUGAAAAGUACCUGUUGGAGAAAUCUCGGCUGGUUUCUCGGGAAAAAAAUGAAAGGAACUAUCACGUCUUUUACUACCUGCUGUUAGGAGCAUCUGAGGAGGAGCGAGAGGAGUUCAAGCUUCUACAGCCCGAAGAUUACCUCUACCUCAAGCAGCAAAACUUUAAGAUAGAAGAUGAAGAAGACCUGCAGCAUGACUUUGAGAGGCUGCAGCAGGCUAUGGAGAUGGUGGGCUUUCUGCCUUCCACCAAGAAACAAAUUUUCUCGGUGCUGUCUGCUAUCCUCUACUUGGGCAACGUGACCUACAGGAGGAAGUCCACAGGCAGAGAUGAGGGGCUAGAUGUUGGGCCACCUGAAGUCCUCAGCACACUGUCUGAAUUGCUCAAGGUUAAAGAAGAGUUGCUGGUGGAGGCCUUGACCAAACGGAAGACGGUGACAGCCAACGACAAACUCAUCCUGCCCUAUAGCCACUCCGAGGCUAUCACAGCCCGAGACUCCAUGGCAAAGUCGCUGUACAGUGCCCUGUUUGACUGGAUCGUCCUGCGGAUCAAUCACGCUCUGCUGAACAAGAAAGACAUGGAGGAAUCGGUUACUUGUUUGUCCAUAGGUGUCUUGGAUAUCUUUGGCUUUGAAGAUUUUGAAAACAACAGCUUUGAGCAGUUUUGCAUUAACUAUGCCAACGAGCAGCUUCAGUAUUACUUCAACCAGCACAUCUUCAAACUGGAGCAGGAGGAGUACAAGGCUGAGGGCAUCAGCUGGCACAACAUUGAGUACACAGACAAUGUGGGCUGCAUCCAUCUGAUCAGCAAGAAGCCCACAGGAUUGUUCUACCUGCUGGACGAGGAGAGCAACUUUCCACGUGCCACUGACAAAACCCUCCUGGCGAAAUUCAAGCAACAGCACCAGAGCAACGGUUUCUUUGUGCCGACCCCCGUGAUGGAGCCCGCCUUCGUCAUCCGGCACUUCGCCGGGACGGUCAAGUACCAGAUCAAGGACUUCCGGGAGAAGAACACGGACUACAUGCGGCCGGAUAUCGUGGCGCUGCUGAGGAGCAGUGACCGGGCAUACGUGCGCGAGCUCAUUGGGAUGUGCCCGGUGGCCAUGUUCCGCUGGGGCAUCUUGAGGGCCACCAUCCGCAGCAUUGCUGCCUUCUGCGAGGCGGGCCGGCGCUGGGCAGCCAAGACAGCAGGUGUGGUGCGCCGCGGUUCUCGGACGCCGCUCGGGGAGCUGCAGCGGUCGAACACGGCGGUGGAGAAGAUGUACCGCCGUGGCUCUUUGCUUGAUUUCUCCUUUGAUCAUUCUGAGGAGCUCCCUCUAGAGGCUUUUGAAGACAUCUUUGCUAGCUAUGAGAACAAGAAGGAAAUGCAUGCCCAAAUCAUCAACUCCAUAAAGGGCUUGCAGUGGGACGGCGAAGACCCUCGCACGCUGCUCCAGUCCUGGGGUCGUCUGCGGUACCCUCGUCACGUCCUUCAGAAAAGUAAGAGCACCAGACAGAAGCAGAUCAUUCCCAAGAGCCUGAUUGACUCCAGGUCCCUCAAGUUCAUAGUGAGCUUGACGCUGCAUGACCGUACCACCAAGUCUCUGCUGCACCUGCACAAGAAGAAGAAGCCCCCCAGCAUCAGUGCGCAGUUCCAGACAUCCCUGAGCAAGCUGAUGGAGACGCUGGGCAGAGCAGAGCCAUUCUUCAUCCGCUGCAUUCGUUCCAACGCUGAAAAGAUGGAGAUGCAGUUUGACGAGGCCCUGGUCCUGCAGCAGUUGCGGUACACAGGCAUGCUGGAGACGGUCCGCAUCAGGCGGUCGGGAUACAGUGCCAAGUACACCUUCCAGGAGUUUAUCGAGCAGUUUCGGGUUCUGCUGCCGAAGAGCGCCAGCCCGGCUCAGGAGGACCUCGCAGCUCUGUUUAAGAAGAUGGGGUGGGCCGACACCCACUACCAGAUCGGCAAGACGAAGGUGUUCAUGCAGGAGGCGGAGAGGCAGGAGCUGCAGGACACCCUCCACAAGGAAGUGAUGCGCAAGAUCGUCUUCCUGCAGCGCUGGUUCCGCGCCCGGCUGGAGAGGAUGCAGUUCCUGCGCAUGAGGCAGGCAGCGGUCACCAUCCAGCGAGCCUGGCAGGCCUAUCAGCUGCAAGUGAGGUGCAGGGCUGCCACCAUCAUCCAGGCCGUGUGGCGCGGGUCACGUCAGAGACAGGCCUACUGGAGGCAGCGGCAAGGCAUCCGGAGGCUGCAGGCGGUGGUGAGGGGGUACUCGGCACGCCGCAGGUGCCAGUCCCUUCGGGAGGAGAAGAGUAAGAGGGAGCAAGAGGCCAGGGCGAAGGCGGAGGAAGAGGCCAGGGCGAAGGCGGAGGAAGAGGCCAGGGCGAAGGCGGAGGAAGAGGCUGCAGAGGAAGCCAGGAGGCAAGCGAGGAAGGCCCAGCAAGAGGCAGAGGAGCAGCAGCGUCUGGAGGAGAGGGAGAGGCAGAGGCGGGGAGAGAAGCCGGACUCGGAGAUGGAGGGCGGAGAGGAGCACAUCCCCGGGGCAGGCUCGGCGGAGAAGGCGAAGCCACCGGAGCCGGCCGCGAAACCCGAAGAGGAGAAGAGACCGCCCCACAGGACGAGCAGCAGCCAGGAGAAGAGGGAGCUGAGGCGGCAGCGCGCCAUGGAGCACAGCCAGCGAGAGCUGAAGCGGGCGGCCUCGGGGAGCUCCGCGGCCGACGAGCGGCCGGCCCCCGAACCCCCCAAGGCCAGGGGCCAGGAGGAGCCGGCGGGGGCGGAGGGGAAGGAGUGGGCGGACAGCAGGGAGCUGGACCAGUACACCUUUGUGGAGUGGAAGGUGAAGGAGCAGCCGGCGAGGAAGGAGGGCAGGGGCUCGCCUGGCCCGGCCAGGCCCAGCUCCCUGCCCCUCGACGGCCCCCAGCCCGAGCGGAACGGCCACAGGGAGCCCGGCAGCCCCACCAGCACCCUGCAGCGCUACAGCAAGCAGGCGGAGCUGCGCGACAAGGGCGAGAAGUGGAGGGAGAAGAUAAGGGGCGAGGGGGGACACCAGGACACCUCCAGUCCCGAGGACAAGAGGAAGAAUUCCUUGCAAAGCAGAGGGAUGUCCAUCUCGCUGGAUAAUGUGUCCAAGUGCGGCUCUUCUGGAUCGGACAGCCCUAGUGGAGCUUCUUCCAAAACAGAGGUCAGGGUGCGCUAUCACAAGCGAAGGCUAGCCUUUGUGCGCAGUCAGCUGAUGUUUAAAAGCGCGGAGGUGGAGGACAUCGAAUACUGGACCUUCCCCCUGCCCCCCAUUAGUCCUGGUGUACCCCUCACACCCAUGCGGCCCAAGCCACCGGUACAGUCCGCAGUCGAGACCACCCCUGACGGUAUCCAGGCGAGCACGCUGAAGAGAAGACGCGUCGACAGCCCUGGACUCCAGGAAGCAGCCCACGCCCUCCAGCCCCACCCGGUCACACCAGAGCCAAAAUCGGGGUUCUUGAGUAAGAUCCUGCGGAAGCAUGGCGACCGGCGACCUCAGAGGGACCCCCAGACUCCCGACGAGGGGGAGCCAACCACGCCCCAGUCAUUGGAGGCGCAUGUGGCGUUGAAGAUACCAGAAGCCACAGCCCACAUCCCGCCACCGGCGUCCGGUUCCCAGCACCCCAACCCCGCGGGGACCCAGGCCAAGCGCAAGGGCACCAUCAAGAUCAGCCGCGCCACGCGGGUCUCGGAGCAGUGGAACGCCUCGCUGGACCGCCAGAUCAGCAACGCCAACGAGCUGCGUCACCUGGACGAGUUCCUGGGCAACCAGGUGAACGAGCUGCGGUCGAAAGGGAAACAGCUGUCGGGCACCGAGCUCAUUUUCAUCACCGCCACCACCGAGUUCAGGAAAUUCAUCAAGAGCAUGUACUCUCUGCAGAAGCUGCAAAUGGGUUACAAGGGGCUGAUGAACCACUACAAGAUGGUGGUGCACACUCAGGCUACGGAGAAGCAGAAGGAGUCAGAAGUCCACCUGGUGGUCAAUCUAUUCCAGUCGGUCCUGGAUGGGUUCAUCCGUGGAGAGAUGAAGAGGGAAGAGGGGGAGCAAGCUAAGCCUGCAAAAGCUCAGAAGAAGAAGAGGAGGAAAAAGGACAAAUUUAAGGAAAACUAUAUGGACCACAUAUUCAACACGUACCAGGUGAACAUCAUGCAGUCCUGUGAUCAGUGCAACUCAUUCAUCUGGGGCAUGGAGAAGGCCUAUAUGUGCACAAUGUGCAAAAUGGUGUGUCACAAGAAAUGCAUCAGUAAACUCCAGACGAGCUGCUCUUUCUAUUGUGCAAAAAAGAGCGAGGAAGAGUCGGGAUCGCACUUCGGCGUCCGGGUCUGCGCCCUGACCAGCAGCAAGAACCCCGUGCCGGAGGUCCUGUCCAUCCUGCUGGAGCACGUGGAGAUGAACGGCCUGUACACGGAGGGCAUCUACCGCAAGUCCGGCUCGGCCAACCGCAUGAAAGAGCUGCACCAGCUCCUGGAGUCUGACCCUAACACAGUAGUCCUGGACAAUUACCCCAUCCACGCAGUCACGGGGCUUGUGAAACAGUGGCUGAGGGAGCUGCCCGACCCGCUCAUGACCUUCGAGCAUUACAGCGACUUCCUGCGGGCUGUGGAGCUGCCCGAGAAGCAGGAGCAGAUUCAAGCCAUCUACAAAGUCCUGGAUCAGCUUCCUCCGGCCAACUACAACACCCUGGAGAGACUGAUCUUCCAUCUGGUCACGGUGGCCAAGCACGAGCAGAGCAACCGCAUGUCUCCCAACGCCCUGGCUAUUGUCUUUGCUCCUUGUAUCCUGCGAUGCCCGGACAGUGCUGACCCCUUUACCAGCAUGAAGGAUGUGGCCAAGACAACGACCUGUGUGGAGCUCAUCCUAAACGAGCAGAUCAGGAAGUACAACGAGAAGAUGGAGGAGAUUGAGCACCUUGAGGAGGCUGAAGCCCUGGCACAGAGACAGCUCAAGCUGAAGAGGCAGAACACGCACUGGCUUGUGCCGCUCAGGUUCUCCUCUACUUACAGAGGAGCGGUGGUGAAUGAAAAACGGUCUUCGGAUCUGGGGGUGGUACCGGAGAACCAACCUACGGACUCGGACGUGGAGGCGGAGAUGACGCUCAUGGCGCGAAUCAGGUCUAUCAAGCAGGAGAAGGAGGAGAUCACGUACCGGCUGCCCGACCUGGAGCAGCCCGGUUCGGACCAAGAGAACAUGGACUCGGAGGCGUCGGUGAGCUCGGAGAGCCUGCUGGACGACAGGCCGGUGAACUCGGACACCGAAGGGAUGGCGAAGAGACUGAAAAAUCUGCGAGCGUCCUGUCCGCCCCAGCCCGCCGUCCAGCCCCCAGCAAAAGCCGACCGGCCGCCGCUGCCUCUGCGUGUGUGCUCCGACUCCAGCCUGCUCCGCGCGGCCGCUCACUCCCCGCCCCCGCCUGCGCACACCUUCCGGCUGCACAGGCGCACCCCCGUCCUCCCCACCGGCAACGUCCGGCUGCCCCCCGGCGUGCUGAGCCAUCCCGCCGUCGCCGCCCAGGGGAUCGCGCCGCCGCUGCGGAACGUCAGGACGCUGCAGCUGGUGAAGCGCCGGGAGCAGCCGGCGCGCCGCAAGGACAGCAUCCAGUCCCUGUACGUGCUCCCCGGCGCCGAGCCCUUCCCCUCGGGCCCCGCCCCCUGCGACCGUGACCCCGCCCCCAUGAGCCGCGACUCCGCCUCCACCGCCCACAGGCGCUUCUCCAACCCCGACAUCUCCUACAUCGAUGGCGAGGCUUGAGGGCGGAUUUCCGUGCAUUCGCCUUGUUUUUUUUUUACUGCUAUCGGGAGGAAAGGUUGCAGGAUUUUGCAUCACCAAGCACUUUUGUACCUUAUUCAGUUUUUCAGAAAAAAUGCUGCAUUCGGAUGUUGGGGGGGGCCCCCCCAGAAAAACACUUUUAAAUAACCGAGGGGCAGGACCUGCCCUUUUCUCUCCUUCCUCGAAAGGGACUACCUUAAAUAUAUUGAUCUGCUCAUCUGCACCUCCCCUUGCCUGUUUUUAAAAAACUCUUUUUAAGUACUGUUGGAGAGGACCAAAAGAGUGCUCGAACUCGCUUCCAAAUUGUGCCUUAUUUUUUUUAAUUCUGACUUGUAAAGAAGCAUGUUUAUUUUAACCGAGGAGAUUGGGAAACCUUUACCUUGCAGUGGGUAUCUGGUUAUUUUUGCUACUUUUUUUUCCUGUUAUAGGACAAGAUCUUUGACGAGUCAAUUGCAUUUAUUACUUCAGCUGCGCCUUGUCUGCUGUGGGCUUCUAGCACCAUCCCCGCUCCUUUUGGUUACAUAGCUAGUGUAAAACUGAGAGACGUUACACAGAAGAAGGGGAAUGCUAUUUCUUCAAAGGGAGAUGUAAUUUAGCAAUGGAAUGUCAGGUGUAACACUAGCUGGAGUUCGUUUUCAGAAAUGGCCAUGUUUCUGCACAAAGCUACUUCAUAGUUGCCCUUUUGGUUUUGUAAGUCUCUGGAAUAUUGGAAGCCUUUUAAAUUUGAGGCUUUGUUGUUAUUAAUAUAGUAUUUCCUUUAAACCAUGCUGUUUUAUUCUGUCAGUGCUGUAGCAGACAUGAUGGCUCCUUCACCUUCUCACUUCGUCCGCCAUCGCUGGGGUUAGGGGAAAUCCAUUCAGAAGCCUUUUGUAAGGGCAGAGGGUUCAGAUAUGUGCGAUGAGAAUGCUCUUGUGCAAGACCCAUAAAGCCAACAAUGGUGGGGAAUAAUACCUGGAAUCUGCCCCCAUGAACAUUUUUUAUCCUUGUAUAGACUGGGAAUAAAUCUGUAUAUCCAUUUUCCAUAACCCACUGUCUUUCACUGCCGGUGUUGAGCAGUGGCGUUUUCUUCGGGAACAGGGGAACUUUGUACAGAUUGGUGGUGGUCGUGCUGAAUCCAGCUCUCGGAUUUCUGAAUCUGCAUGGCCUCAAUCCUGUUUGUCACGCUGUGCCGAUUUCUGCAGUAAUGCCCUCAGAGUGCUUUGACAAGUAACUCGAUUUAGUUAGCCCUAAAUUCACUUGUCCCUGUUGCAUGUCAGACCUGACUGUUUCCAGAUGUGCUUGUGUUUUCGCUCUCUGGAAACCGGAGUAAAACUGUGGACAGCUUUCUCUCUCCAGUUCAUCUCAGGGCUAAUGAAAUUGUCUUAAAGUGGUGGUGCUUUUAACACCUAUACAGUUCUGUACUCUUUUGUGGAAGUGUCCAUCGCCCAAUCAUGAAUUUGACUAAUUUUAAUUAACCUUUUUCUCGUACAGUGAACACGAGUAAUUGUUAGCACCAGUCCAGGACUCUGAAGUUGGGCAUAAGAAAGAACAGGUAUUGGUUUGUUUACAGGUUACAAAGCAGUUGCCGUGUAUUAAAGUUAUCUGCUGCAUUGUCCCAAAUGUAGUUGUGCAGUAAUUACAGUGAUGUUCGUCUCUUUUCCACCUGGGAUACACCCUGUAACAAAUGGUCCGCAUCUCCGAUCCAGCAGGAGAGCCCCAUUAAAAAGAUAUUAAAUGUCCCCUGCAGUCCUGUGCCCUUUAGCAAAACUGCUCUGCCUGCUCUCCCCAAUCCAAACCGUUGCAGCAACAGAGAUUAAUGAGCAACCUUUUUGUAUCCCAUUAACGCUUACUAUCAUCCCCCGGAACGAUGCCACAUAAAGAAAAAGAGCACAUUUCCAGUGCAGGUGCUUUCUAAUGAAUGUCUCUUGGUUUGUAUUAAGCUCAGUAUAACAACCGACUUUAGCCUGUCGGUAUACACAGCUGCUUUAGUGCUGUGCACAUCUGUCACAGUCCACUUCCUUCCUGCUGGGUGGGUCACCAGCUGUCAAGACGCCAAUGACAAACCUUCUGGGUAACACUUUAUUUAGGUGUACAUUGUAAGUUAUCGCAGAAAAAAGGAUGAAUGUUAGCAUGUAUAAAGGCAUGAAAACGUGUUAGGAAUUUCUUACUGGGGAAAAAAAAAGGUUGUAUGUACUGAUACUGUGCAGUGGUUAAUUAACCAAGAUGCUACGUGACAGGAUGUUAGUGAAAUAACUAAAUUAUAAUGUACUCCUAAAACGUGGUGUUACCUCUUUUGUCAGAGUUUAAUAAAGUUUUUAAGCAUUCAUAUAUCUGAAUUCACAACCUCCCCCCACCAAAUGGUUUUCCUGACAGGUGUUUUUUUUAGGAGGGUGUGCAUUGUUGGAAUUGCUGCGAUACCUCUUCCACUUUUUAUAAGACCAAAUCCAUUUCCACAAUGGAUUGGGAAUAAAACAAGUUUAUAUUGGGACCUUAUCGGUUCUGGGUUGAUUCAAAGUGAAUGACAAUCUCCUGUUGUGAAAUAAAGCACUUAACGCUCGAGUAUAGUUUUCUAAACUUAAGUGUCAGUGCCUUUCCCGUGCUUCUUAGCAAUAGUCUUUUUUUUCUCAUUUCCAAGUCAACACUACCCUACCUGCAUACUCGUCUUCAGUGUUGAGAAAAAUGGAGCCAUCAUGCAAUACUGAGGCACCUUUCACCAGUGGAGAAUAAUGGCUGCACAGGCUCAUCGAGCAGAGUACCACAGUCAGGGUAUAUAUGGUGGUUUUGCACAUUCAAGAACGUUUUCCAGUGACACACAUCGAUUACCUUUCUGAUGCUCAGCUUCCUUGCGAGUUAUUUUGUCAGCGGCAAUCUGCGCAGGAUGUACACGUUCUUAUUUCCUUUUAUUUUUUCUGUUUAACGUGGUUCUUCUUUUCUCAGUGUAUGAGAGUAUAAAACUUGUUUAUUGAUGCUUAGUGUACAGAAAAGGGCUCUGGGAACCAAGGUAGAAGACAGCCACAGCGUAAAACUUUAAACGAACCUUAAAUGUCGCUCAGAGACUGCAGCUUGCAGGUGUUCUUCUAUGGCUGAGUAUCCAGAAGAUGUAUAAAAGAAAUGCAGUGCUGAACUGUAAAAUCCACUUGACUUUAUUGCACAUCUAUAAAUGGUAUUUUUGCUCUGCAAACCAGGAUAUCCAUCAUGGAGCAAAGCAUAGAAAUAUUGUUAAAAAAUGAAAAAGCAACAUGACUGCCCGAAUGUUCAGUUUUAUUUUUAGCAGUUUUCAGUGCCCAAGUAGGUAUUUGAAAAUAAAGUAGAUGAGUGACUGUAAGUGUUUAGAUGUCUGUGCCUCAACCCCCAACCCCCCACCACCACAUGUAAAGACCAACCACUUGAAAUUCCAAAAGUAUGUUUUGCUGGAUUAUCCUUGUUCAGGGCCGUGAGCCUAGUUAUUCAAUUCAACCCCCAUCUGGACUGGGCUGUUUUGAAAAUAAAUCCUUUUAAGUAAA